AUCUGAACGGACUGGAGGGAUGGCGGAUCCAACAAAUCCCGCAGCUACCUCUUUCCCAGCGCCGACCAUUUCGUUACCUUUGGGACUUGAUGUACUAAGGACAUACUCCGGAGCAUUGAUAUGCUUAGAAAUUGUGUUUGGAGGGCUGGUAUGGAUCUUGGUGGCGUCAUCGAAUGUACCUGUGCCUCUGCUGCAAGGCUGGGUGAUGCUGGUAUCGGUAACCAUGUUCUGCUGCUCCACAGCCUACCUGCUUCUGUUCUUACUGGGUGUCGCUGACCGAAUCGACACAGAUUGGAAUUUCCUGGACAUGUUCUACCAUUUCAUCGCACUAGUUUUCUACUUUGGGGCUUUUGUGCUGGAAGCUGCAACGACAUCAGCAGCCAGUCCAACGGGCAACUGCACGGGCGUCCCGAAGGGCAACAUCCUCACCUUCCUCAGUAGUGAGCAGUACAAUAUCAAUGUGGCAGCUACCAUAUUUGCCUUCGUGGCAACUUUGUGCUAUGGAUGCAGCAUGUUCAUGGGAUUCAAAAGAUGGAGGAAGUAGUUGUGAGAAACACUUUCACAACAGACAUUCUCAUGCAUAUUCUACUACGCAGGACUGUCUAACAUUACAUGAUAUUUAAAUUCAGAUGAAGGGGUUAAAUGUCAGUCUUGUGCUAAAUCAUGCAGAUUUACGUAAUACAACCUAUUUAAUAUGGAAGCAUUUGUACUGUAUUAUUGUAACGUAUUCAGUGUUCACCAUAGAAGAUAUUUUCUAGGUCAUUUAUAUUUCACUGAUUGUUAUUGAUUAUUAUUAUUAUUUGCACCAAGUAUUUUCAGACAAGGUGGAAGAGAGAAAAGAUUUUUCCAUUGUAUCAUUUUAUUUGUGCACUGUAGUUACACCCAAAACAUUUAGGUUCCUCAGUUUUGGUAGAUUUUUAGGGUUAGUAUUUUAGAUUUGUAUUCUAUGUUGCACUGGUAAAAUAAAGUAUAUUUAACCUAUUGUAUUAAAUUGUCAGUACAGCGUAUUUCACAUUUAGACAUUACUUGUGAUUAAUGAUAAUCUCUAUCCAUUAGUAUUUUGAUCAUUAUUUGUACAAUGCAUUUUGUAAUAUAUAAACCAAGAGCGGUUUUA